AUGGCCUUCCUCCACUCCAACGCCGUGCGGAUGAUGCCAUGGAAGGGCCACCAUGGCAAGGAGCAGGAUGACGCCUUGGAAGGUUCACCGACAGGAGCAACUACGUACGGUCUGGUCUUCUCCACUGACAUGGAUAUCGACAUGGAGGUCCGCCAUGGAAGGCCUGGAGCUCGUCAUGGAGGGUCCCUCCUCUCUCUUCCCCUCCCUCUACUCUGUUGGUUGGUUGGACGGAAGACCAUCGCUCGUCCAGCUCUGCUUCUUCCACCGCUGCUCCCGUCCCACCAUAGUGCCACAGACGCUAUGCCAAGCACGGAAGGGGUGGAUGCCAAUACUCUUAGAAUGGUCAUUGGAGCAAUAUACACAAUAGUGAUGUUUGUCGGCAUCAACAACUGUGCAACCGUUCAACCAAUUGUUUUAAUCGAGAGAACAGUUUGUACAGAGAGAGGGCUGCUCCAUUGCUUAGCUACUUAUGCAGCGAGGGUACAGGUUGUUCUAGAUGGCUCUGUAGAUAGUGAGAAUGAGGAGACUCAAACUCAUGAAGAUUCUAAUGAGGAAAUCGAUUAUGAUAAAUAA